AAUGGUUAGAGUUCACGUUCUUCGCCUUCGUGCCAAGUGGGUUAUUAAUUUUGCCUGUUUCCGGAUUUAAUGCCCAUGGAAGUAAAUUAGUUAUUUAUAUUUUUACCAAGCUAAUUCAGAAAUAUAAAACAAAAGCAAAAUGAAACCUUUGAUGUUACAUGGGCACGAGCGUGCAAUUACGAAAAUCAAAUAUAACCGCGAAGGUGAUUUAUUAUUUUCUGCGAGUAAAGACAAGAAACCAAAUGUUUGGUAUUCUUUGAAUGGGGAAAGACUUGGCACAUUUAAUGGUCACAAUGGUUCAGUUUGGUGCAUUGAUGUCAAUUGGGAUACGAGUCGAUUUAUGUCUGGAAGUGGUGACAAUACUUUAAUCAUCUGGGAUUGUCAAACUGGAAAGAACAUUGGAGAACUCGAAACGAACAGUUCUGUGAGGACGUGUGCGUUCAGUUACUCUGGAAAUCUGACUGUAUAUUCCACCGACAAGGCCCUCGGUCAUCAGUGUGAAAUGUUCAUCAUUGACACUCGAGCCGUCGAUUCCAGUUUAUCGAAACAAGACACAAUUCACAGAAUUUCGAUAGACGGUCCCAGAAUCUCAGCUGUUCUUUGGGGCGCUUUGGAGGAAACGAUCAUCACAGGUCAUGAAGAUGGAGUAAUUAACAUCUGGGAUGUUACUACUGGUAAGAAAAUAAACACCAACAAAGGACACAAAACACAAAUCAACGAUAUGCAAAUUAAUAAGGAUGGAACUAUGUUUGUCACCGCGUCGAAAGACAAUACGGCUAAACUUUUUGAUAGUGAUACGUUGAUGCAGUUGAAGACGUAUAAAACCGAGAGGCCAGUGAAUUCCGCGACGAUAUCUCCAAUUCACGAUCAUGUGGUUUUGGGUGGAGGUCAAGACGCCAUGGAUGUCACGACGACUUCCGCUCGUCACGGAAAAUUCGACGCACGCUUGUUCCAUCUAGUUUUCGAAGAAGAAUUCGCGCGAUUAAAGGGUCACUUCGGGCCAAUCAAUUCCUUAGCGUUCCAUCCAAAUGGUCGCAGUGUUGCAACAGGUGGAGAAGACGGUUACGUUCGAAUCAAUACAUUUGACCAAUCUUAUUACGAUUUCCACUUCGAGUAUUAAUUAACCACAACGAAACGAAUAAAGCUGAUUUUAAAAGGCGGCAUCUAUUUGAAGAAGAAGAAAGCCACUAUCUUUGUAUUUAUAUGAUCGUUUAGAUUUUGUCCAAGGAGAUGUUUUCCAAUAAUAAAGACAUUCAUA